UCCCCCCCAGUUAGAAUCCGCCUCUCGCGGUGAUCACUGCUCGAUCAUGACGCGAUCUUCGACAGUUUGGAUCACUUGGCUCUUCGCAUUCAUCUCGAUCCACUCGUGCGUUGCCCAGUUUGCAGCUUCCUCACCCGGUGGAGCAGUUGCCUCUGCCGGAGGUGUCACCGUGGUCGCCCAACUGCCCGGAUUUGGAUUAAUCAAUGGACUCUUCAAUGCCAUGCACAACAAUAACAAUUUCGGCCAGCAGCAGCAAUUUGAAAGGCAGCAGCAAGGAAGGCCUGGAAUGGGUCACAAUCGGAGGGGUAUGGGAAUGCCUAGGCCAGGAUUCGGGCCACCCAGUCGACAGCAAGCUCCUCCUGGUUGGCCUCCAGGCUGGCAGUGGGGACCAACUGGCGGCAACCAGAAUCAACCAGGAUUUGGCUGGGAUCAACCAGGUUGGAAUAACGGGGGAUGGAACGGAGGAGGCGGAUCAGGACCAGGAUGGAAUGGAGGCGGAUCAGGACCAGGAUGGAACGGAGGUGGAGGCGGACCAGGAUGGAACGGCGGAGGAGGAAGACCAGGACCAGGAUGGAAUGGCGGCGGCGGAAGAGGACCUCCACCAAUGCCAGGUUGGAAUGGAGGCGGAAGACCUCCACCACCGCCGCCACCAAGACCGGGCUGGGGAGGCGGCGGAAUGGGACCGCCACCUAGACCACCGCCUGAUUGGAACAACAAUCCGGGCUUCCCAGAUCAGCCGGAUCCCAACACGAAUUGGAACAAUCCCAAUGAUAACACCACUCCCACAACACCAACACCAAUUGUACCCACUGUACCAACAACGACACCCAAGCCAGCGGAAACUCAUCCCACCUUCCAGCCACGUCCACCCACGCAGCCCACCAAGGACACCCUGAUCAUAGGCACCAAUCGACCGCCGCUGCUGCCGCCCCAGAAUCCAGACCCACCGACGCCCUUAAAUCCAACAUGGCCUGUUCCUCAGCCCAUGCCAAAUCACUCAGUCGAGUUGUCCGAAGAGCGUGCCAUCGUGUUUCCCAGUUCCAGCAGAUAUAUCCAUUUGCCCAGCGAGGAGAUUCCUUCGCAACCGCCCAUCGAUGUGAGAAGAAGAUGAUUCUUGACGAGGGAUUUCCCCGA